AUGGCCACAGCAGUGCUAGAAAACAGUAAGUGAAGAUUGUUUAUUCACUUCUUAUUUAAAGUUUUUCUAUGUUCGUUAUCCAAUAUCACUGCCAUAAAAUCAAAUAGAAAAGGACAUUGAGCUUAUUCCAGAUCUGAAACAGGCACUAUCUGUUCUUCUGUUUCAAUACACUUUUCAUUUCUUCUACUAAUUGCUUUAUGUUUUUGGCAGCUGGUUCAUUUUAUUGCCAUUAUCAUUUGUUUCUAUAUCAAACAAUCAAGUUGAAAUACAGCUGAUCUAGAUAUUGUUUGCCAUAUUUUAAAAUUAUGAAUAGUUAUUACAAGUUCAAGUAACCCUUGCCUCAAGUAUUUCCACUAAAAACGGCACUGCAAUAAAGGUACGCUUGGGGUACAAUACUGUAUUGUUGAAGCAGAGGAUUUCAGGGUAAUUUUUCUCAUUUAUCCCCAAUUAAAAUUCUAUACGCCAGAUCUAAAGCAAACUCAUCCAGCUAAAAGCCAUAAAAUCUUAUACUCAUUAAUGUACAAUCAAGACUUUCUAUCUUUUUAUUCUGUGUGGAAAACUACAGCAGUCGCAACAUCGGCAGGGAGUCCUAUAACGCAACUGUAGAAUAUUUUAGAAUGAUUAAUCUAUUGCAGCAGUAAAAGUCUCCAUAAGGUUAUUAAUUAAAAGAACUAAUCUUGCAUUUUGGGACUGCACAAAUAAUUGCUAGUAAAUCCAAUACCUCGGCUCACCAAUGGGAGUUUACUUUAAAUAACCUCUGAAAAGUAUCUGACAAAGUUAAUUGUGGUUCAGAAUUUCCAAUUUAUGUAGAAGCAGCUAAUAAAAAAGAAUUUGUGUUAUUUAUCACCACUGUCCUAAAGCUGUAUUAAAAUCCUAGCCACAGCCAGUGUUUAGAACUUUUUUUUCUGUCAUUCUUUUGUACAGAAGUGGUUUGCACCUGUUCUAUUCAGUUACCACUGCUUCUUCCAUCUUUCUGGUAGUCCAUAGGCACCAGCUCCUAGGGGCCAAAGCACUUUUGGGGACCCCAAUGUAUGUGUGUGUUUUUAGGGGGCCAUGCCCCCAGAGGUAUAGCAAGGUCAGGUGGUACCUGGUGUGGAAAUUUUUUGUCACCCCUCCGCCUGUGACUCCUUGGCUGCUGGCCAAGUAGCCCCCUUUCCCCCCAGCUCGCUGCAGGCUUGGGAGUCACGGGUGGGAAGAUACCUGUCCUCUCCCCUGCCUGCCUGUUUGCCUGCUUCCUCCAGCAGGGAGCGUGGGCAGCGGGGCAAUCCCCCCACCCGUGACUCCCAAGCCUACAGUGAGCCACGGCCGAAGGCUGGAGCUUUGCUGCUUUGUUGGUGGCCCUGAUGGCCCAUCAGGGCCGCCGCUUGCCGUAGGCUUGGGAGUCAUGGGCGGAGGUGUGUGCUGAAUGUCACCCCCCUUCAGGAUGACACCCGGUGUGACCUGCCCCCACAGCACCCCCAUUGCUCCAUCCCUGCAGGCCCCCUCAGUGUUCAGAGGGUGUUAGGCUCUGGUUGAAUGCUGUGUGUCUGCAUUGGAAAACAGGAAAGGAAAGGGGCAAUAUUCUCAGGGCUAAGAACAAAUACAGUGCUACCUCGGGUUACAGACACUUCAGGUUACAGAUGCUUCAGGUUACAGAUUCCGCUAACCCAGAAAUAGUACCUCAGGUUAAGAACUUUGCUUCAGGAUGAGAACAAAAAUUGCGCGGCAGUGGUGCGGUGGUGGCGGGAGGCCCCAUUAACUAAAGUGGUACCUCAGGUUAAGAACAGUUUCAGGUUAAGAACAGACCUCCAGAAUGAAUUAAGUUCUUAACCCAAGGUACCACUGUACAGUACACACACACACACACACACACACACACACACAAACAUACAUAGACACAUAUCCUACUGCCCCUUACACAUCACAAAAACCUGCUAGUUUUCACUUGCCCUUAUACGGAACUAGAUUUUCUUAUCCCUCACCUGUUUUACGCUUUUCUCUUCCCCACAAUGCCUCAUGGCCACUUUAAAACAGUAGAAUGUGGAACAAGAGCCAGAGGUAAACACUCUGAAGCCUAACAUUCCUCCAGGGCUGACUUGAACAUUCUCAAAGACUUCAAACGAACCUUGCUUUCAUAUACAAUAUAAAAAAGUUGCACUACGUUCUACAGUUGAACCUUGUCAAUCUCUUUUGCUUUCCAAGCAGGCAAGGUGAACCAGUUGCUGAUGGCACGGCUGCCACAUGUAACCUUGCUUUGUUUCCUGCAAAUCAACACACAUCUGUGCCUCUGAAUCACAGUCCAUUUAUCUGAAGCAAAGGAAAUGUUCUGUUGAGACUUUGAUAUGCAAUUCUGUGUGAAAGUCUUUUCUGCAGCAUUUUUGACAAUCGCUUUUAUGAUUUAAAAUGAAACAAAGGCCAGAAAGCGAGGGGGAACUUUGGGUGUUGGUUCUGCAGCUUCUUCUUUGGGGAACAGAGAAAACGAUCACUUUUCAGCAGCUGACUGUUUAUAUAUUCCCCCUUGUUUGCCAGUAUCACUUGCAUUAUUGCAGGAAGAGUUGUUUCUUCUGCAAUUCUUAGAUGAAUAAUUCUGACUAUGGUUCUAUAUGCACGAAACUCUGGAAUUGUAAUCAUUCCCUGGCUGACUGGCAGAAGAAAAUUCCCCAAGGGACAAUCUCAGCCUGGAAAUUACCUCCCAUCUCAAAGGCAUCUAAACUCUUAAAACGUUUGGAUGUAAUGAUGAUUUCAAACAAUAAUUUCUGAGACAAGGCUCUUUGCAAAUAAUUUCCAGGAGCAAAAUGCACCAGGAGAAUUGCAGUGCAACAGGCUUAAUCUAUGGAACAAUUGUAGUGAUUGUUAUUUAGGAAACAAAUGAAAGCUGUUCAUGCAAGACAGACUACCAAUAUAGCGAUAAGUUAUCUGAAAGUUCUGGUGAAUGGGCUCCAAGAGACAAACAGGAGUUGGUAACUUGGGACUAGUUUUCACAUAGAUGGAAAACCAGUGACUUGCCUGUAGUCUUUCAUACUGCAGGCGUGGGUGGGUGUUUGUGGGGGUGUUACUUGAUGGAAAGCUAGCAUACAAGGGAAAAGGUUCCCUUAGCCUAGUUUUCUAUAUGAGGGGCUGGUGGAAUAAGGAGACAAUCUAUCAUAUGAAUUACUGCCUGCAGUCUAAAUUGAUACAAUCCAGACAAAGGUCUAUCAGGGAUAUAACAACGGUUUGGGUGCAAUGAUGGCUACCAUUUUAGGAAUGCAAAAUCAAUAGGAUUGUGUUUUAAAAUUCUUGCCUGUUUUUUCCUGGAUGACCAGGUGUAUGCCGAAAGCCAACUGGGAUCAAUUUCUACAUAUGACAGCUUCCAUAAUGAUGAAGGAUAUAUUCCCUUUCAUUUUAAAUUCGAUUAAGGUUAAAUUAACGAACAGCAAAUGCCGGCAGAUUGCACACAUAUUCUUAUAAUAAGUAAAUAACUUUCUAUGCCCAAGUUGUUAUCCUUUUAUUUUUUGCUAUUUUAAAAAUGGACAAUAUGUUUAGGGCCCGGGGUUACAAUUGUUCGACCUUAUCGGCUUAGGAAUGGCAAGGGAUCCCCUCUCCUUCCAUUUAAACCAGUACACCAAUAAAAAUAUACCGUAUUUUUCGCUCUGUAAGAUGCACCAGACCACAAGACGCACCUAGUUUUUGGAGGAGGAAAACAAGAAAAGAAAAAAUUCUGAAUCUCAGAAGCCAGAACAGCAAGAGGGAUCGCUGCGCAGUGAAAGCAGCAAUCCCUCUUGCUGGUCUGGCUUCUGGGAUAGCUGCGCAGCCUGCAUUCGCUCCAUAAGACGCACACACAUUUCCCCUUACUUUUUAGGAGGGAAAAAGUGAGUCUUAUAGAGCAAAAAAUACGGUAUAUUUUACCCUGAAUAAGUGAACAGUGAAAGUAACUGCUUUGGCCAUUGUUAGCCAUGUGAAAUUAAUACUUGCUUUUCUCUGGUGUAAGCCGCUGUCCACUGUGGCCAUACAUUAUAAAUGGAGGGCACUUUAAUUUGCUUCUACUAUGGUAUUUGCAGCAGAUCCAUUUAGGGCUAUAAAAUGAAUGAGCAUGAAAAAGAGAUGAAACCACAUUUCUCUGGAAUAAUUUGUUUUUGCAAAGAAGCAGGUAUGUGGUAUAAUUAAGCAGGGAUGUCAGCGAACAAGGCAGGAACUUUUAACAGGUGCAUCUUAAUUAUCCAUAACCAACGAAGAUUAAGCAACAAGCAAAUGAUCCCCUGGACUGAUGCCUGUAUGAAAUAGGCUGUGCUUAUUUGCACGAGACACAGCUGUCAUUUCUUAAUGACAACUGAAGGGAAACAAGCACCAAACUGAAUCUAAUCAUUUUAAGAAAGAGAGAAAUGUGGAGGGAGAGAGGGAGGGAAUCGCCAGAGUUGGGAAUUUAGCAUACAGCCUUACUAGCUUAUUUGGGGCAGAUGUAUACAUCUGCCAGGGCUGCUUCCUUAUGAGGGCCUUCGAUAUAUGAUAUAUACGAUAUAUGAUCUCUAUAUUGUCGUUGUCCCAUACAGAACAAUGAAAUUGAAAAACUACAUAAAACAUUCAAACCCCCCUAAAAACUCUGAAACCCCAUUUAAAAAUAUAUACUAUACUAUAAAAUCCACUAUACUAAAAAAUCCACUAUACUAUAGAGACCCCUUAUGCUGCGUUUAGAACCAGAAUUGCAUUUGCAUAGAAACUGUUUCUCAGGCGGCUAGUCCUGGUCUUUAUAACCCUAUACCUUCUUCCAGAAGGCAGAAGCUGAAAGAGAUCAUUUCCGGGGUGCAUACUAUCCUGUGCUAUCUCUGCCGCUUUCUUAUGUCACCUGGCAGCAUAGAUUUGAUCUAAGGUGGGAAGAGUGCACCCAAUUAUUCUCUCUGCAGUCUUUACAACCCUGGAUAGCAAUGUUUUUUCCCUGGCCGUUUUUUCAAUCCAAGUCAGUGAUUUUCUUCAAGAAAAAUAAGUGCUGGACCUCACCACGAAGUUGUUACAGUAAGUUGCGGGGCACCUCUCAUUCCCCACCUCUCAUUCUCUUAUAUUCAGGCAGAUGGCUAGGGCUGCAUGGAAAGGCCCUCGUGCAAACGUGUGCGUGUGCAUCACUAUAGGCCUGGUUGGAAAGCUUAAAGCCUUCCUUUGCUUAAUGGGAGACGGAUUGAAGAAAAGGAAAUACGAUUUGGUCAUGCCCCGUAUUUCACAGCUAGGAGCUAGGUGGAGUCAUAGAUCUUUUUAAGGAAGUGUAAGAAGAAGAAGUUUGGAUUUGAUAUCCCGCUUUAUCAUUACCUGAAGGAGUCUCAAAGCGGCUAACAUUCUCCUUUCCCUUCCUCCCCCACAACAAACACUCUGUGAGGUGAGUGAGGCUGAGAGACUUCAAAGAAGUGUGACUAGCCCAAGGUCACCCAGCAGCUGCAUGUGGAGGAGCGGGGAAGCGAACCCAGUUCACCAGAUUACGAGUCUAAAGCUCUUAACCUCUACACCACACUGGCUCUCUUGCACAUGCUGGCCAACUUCCAUUUUGGCUUGAAAUGUUCGUUUUGACCUUCUCCGAAGUACAUAAAGUUUUCUAUGGCUCACCAGAAGUCAGACUAUUUUGGUGUGGUGUGUGUCAGACUCACAGCUAUUUUGGUGUGGUGUGUGUCAGACUCACAGCUGAAAACCCUCUAAUUUUAAUUAUUUAUAAAUUGCAUUUUUAUUAACAAGCAACAAGACGAAAGAAACUACCAAAUAGACUUGUGCAAUUCUUAAAUACAGUUUGCUACAAAAGUGGCAGCAAAAUACUUUUGUACUGUCAGCAGGUUUAAAGAAAUGUUUCCCCUUAAAGAUGGUAGAAUCAAGGCUUCAGAGACAGAUACUUCCAAAAGAAAACUAACCCAUUAAUCAUAUGUCUUCCCUUCGCUGUGGCAACCCUCAUUAAUUGAUGGUUCCCACUUUCCAAAGUUCUGGGAAGCUCUUCAAAUUCUCCCUCUGGAAGGCAAAGAGAAUCAAUGUGCAGCCCAGUUGCCUCUCCUGUUACAUUGCCAAUAGAUAUCAUGCCAUUGAUGCAGCUGUAUCUUGCAGAUGAGUUGUCUCUCAAUGGAACAUCUCCAUGGAACAUCUCAGUGGAAAAAGCCCUAACACACAUGCUCUCCUGAAUGGAAAGCUACAUUCUCACAGACUGUUGAUAAAGAGAUCCUUUCUCUUCAUGAAAUCCAUUUCAUUGCUUCUUCUGUUGAAUAGAAAACACCUGAGUUUUCUUAUUAAGGUGUCAUCCUCAAUUUCACCAUACAUGAAAGCAGAGCAGCGAGCACCCACUCCUUGGUUGCAUAUAACUGUUUCUAAUCCUGCUUUCUUUCCUAGAAUACCAUAAAACUAUUUCUUCGUAUGAAGAGUGAAGAUGUAAGAACCAUUUAUCAUCCUCCUGUGCUGGCUGCCAUGAUGCAUUACUUCGUAUAUUUUUCCUUUAAUCAACAGAAGUCAUUGGCAGCCAAACCAGGCUGGGACCAACAACAGACAAUAUUAAACCCCCCAUGUCUGGUGAAUCUGACAUAUUAAAAUUCAAUGCAAAUAAUUUCAGUCCCUUGAAUUUUUCAUUUAUACACAUGCCAUUUUAAACAGUGCUGGCUCCUGAUCAUGCCUUGUGCCUUGUGCAUGACAAUACAUGCAUGCAGCUGUUUCAUGAACACAACUCUCCACACAUGGGACAAAGGCCCAAAGUGAUGAGCUAGGUGUCUGGUAGUAUAGGAAUCUAUGCAUGGACAAUGCAUGUAGAAGAGGCAGAAAAGGAAGUGGUAAGGUAUUGAACCACAGGAACAAGUGAGCUCUCCAAAAUUUGGCUUGGACUGACUAGUUAGCCAAUCCCCUCCCUCCCCCCAAACAAGAAGAGAUUAUUUUUCUGAUCCCACCUCCACACCCCAUUGCCCAGAAGCCCCACAAUGUUGAAGCACAUUCCCCUUUACUUUUUUAAAAGCUGUAAGGUGUGGUGGUGUGAGCAGCAAAGAAAUUCCCUCCCUCCCUUUCUCUGACACUGCACAGAUUAGCAGUGUGUGUGUUGGCUCAUAGGUUACAUAGUUCCCUCCAGAGGCGCCAGCUUCUCCAGAGUAUUAAGGAGGCAACGACACAUGACUUCCUGAUGUCGUGAGAAGCCAGGGGGCAGAGCUGAACACCCUCUGAAAACUGAGGGGGCCUUACUCCCUCAAAAACUACAUGGGGGACAAAACUGUCUUGGUCGCCAGGAGUUGGUGCCUAUGGUUCCCUCAAAGGCUACUGCAAAGGGAGGAAGGCAGUGGGGGAAUGGGAAACCACUCUUCUCUCUCUAUGGAAUCUCCUGCCUAUAGACAAUCCUGAAAUAUAUUUACAAAUCUGGUGAUUUAAGCACAGCUGAAAGGCUGCAUGGAAGGCUUUCUUUGGGGCACCUUUAAACUUCAAGUACAAUAGCUCUCCAGUGUCAAGGUGAAAUCUAUAACAGCUAAAUCUUUAUGACAGCAUAAAAUCUCAAGCACCACAGUACCUCAUUGGCAUGCUGCAACUCACCAGCAAAUCGACUGACUUCCCCAAAGAGCGGGGAUAUUCUGAGUUUCUUGAUACGCUGCAUCAUCCAGUCAGAGCAAGGGCAUGGGGUAGAGAUUCCUGCAUCUGAAACGAAGUAAAAAAUAUAUCAAUAGGCUUCACAUCAUUAACGUUUAACCAGGAAAAAGUAGCCGUUAAGUUAAAUAAGAAAAUGCACUGGUACCCUCAGAACAUUUAUGAAACACUCAAAAAUGAUGACAUUCUCAGAGCGAGAGAAAUAAAGGUAAGAGUAAUAAGAAAUACAUGUUAGGAUUGCUCCAAAUAUUCUCCUGACUUGGUUUUUAAGCAGGAAACAACUAUCUGGGCUAAGGGGGGAAGGAGAAGCAUUUCCCAAAGUAGAGUUUAAUUUUGAAUAUUUGUCUUUUUCAGUCCUGUUUCGUACCAUCAUUUUCCCUAGCUGAUAGUGCAGGAAAAUCAUUAUAAAAAUUCAGUAUCAGUGCUCUUCCCUCCCCUUCUAGGAUUAUUCACAUUGGUGAUCCCUGAGUGAAUGUGUUGAAGAAUCACCAUCCUAUAUAGUCAACUGGGUUUGGCAACGCCAAGGGGCAAACAAAGAGAGUGACACAGAAGAACACGUGGUAACUUUUGAAGCAACUGCAGAAAAAUUGUCAAAGGGUGCAGUGGGAAGUUACUUUUGGCCACCUCCUGGAAAAAAGUAAGUACUUUCAUUUUAGCCCUAAUCCUAAUUACAAGAGUGUGAGGCAUGGAUUCAGUACAUAAUCUGCCUUUGCUAGAUAUUAAAGCAUGAAUAUAAGAAUUCUAGGCAGUUCCAAAUUAAUACCUCACGAGUCAUACUACUGCCCACUAGGGCAUUAGACGUUCCUCUCUCUCUAUGCCUUUGUCCUGGGAGAAAGCCCAUUCUGAAAACUUCAAAAGUCAAUUACAUUUCAGCUUGGGGAGCUGCGUUUCAAAGAUAAGUUCAGAGGUUCAGCUGGACAUGUACAAGCCCUGAGGCAUACCUAAUGACCUCUCUGGAGUUGACCACUGUUUUAUAGCAACAGUAUCAUCCAUAAUUCUUGUUUAAACCUUGGACAUGUCCCAGAUCGGCAGCUUCUUGCUCCAUCAGCUUCCAGUUUUCAUUUUUUAAAAAUGAAAGGCUGCUUCUGUCUGUUCCCACUGCCCAUGUCAGAGUUGUGUCUCAUCUUUUACACUGGGAUUCCUCUGCCUUGCCAAUGGUUGAAGGAACAACACUUUUCAUAGGUGAGAGAAUGUGAGCGUGAAUAAGCCAUUAGCUAUAUGGCUGGUGUGAUGUGCAGCAAUAGCACUGCUGGAACGGACAAUAGCGUGUGUGUGUGUGUGUGUGUGUGUGUGUGGUGAUUCAGGAAUUAUUUUAAUGAGCAUGGUUUCUAUCAAAGGUACAAAAGUUAAGUGAGUUGGUCCACCCUGCAUCGUGCCUGCACAAACUGAUUAGAUUUUACCUACGUAACCGACUGUCAAUACUUGACAUUUCACUGCUAAAGCAAUUAAGUCUGUCAAGGAGUACGGUUCACAAUAAUACAAAGUGUCAAAUAUGUGGUACAGUUCACAAUAUCACAUGGGAGACUUUUUCAUAUUAAAUACAUAUAUAUUAGAAUCCUGUUGCAGACUAACUUGAAACUUUCCUGCUUUGAAUUAUGAUUUUAUAGUCAAAGAAUUUUUUAAAAAAGGAAAUCACAUUUGAAAGAUUAAAAGGAUUUUGUGCUAAAAUAUUCUGUGAUGAUGCCUGGGGUCUAUUCACAUAAUUCCUAGAGCUUUGAAAAUGCAGCAUCUGUUGAAAGAGGUACAUUGUUACAAAUAAAGUAACUGAAAGAAUACCUUUCACAGAAAAAAUAUAUUACCAUUCACCUCCUCCUGAUUCAUCUAUUUUAAUUGUAAGACAAAAAACAUGAACCAGUUUUUACAAACAAACAAACAAACAAACAAACAAACAAACAAACACCUUACUGGCCUUUCAUCAAGUUUUAGACUAGCGGAAGCAAGCAAACAAGCAGUUUAUGUGAAAAUGCCAAACUAGCCAAAAUGAAGGAUAGUUUUUAGUUUCACUUUUUCAAUUUCAAUACCUUCAGGGUUACAGUGUGUACAAAGCUCUAGAAGGUCACAGGUUCACCAUCCAUCAUUUAAGGCUUUAGAAAGGUUAAAACCAGCACUUCGAAUUGUGCACAGAAACAAAAGCCCCUUUCUCCAAUAACCUCACAGUGACUAGACCCUGUCAACAACAUGGCUGCCAUGUUCUGAACCAGCUGAUUCCCAAAGUCUUGACUGGAUAUUACUUAAUUGUGGCAAGGUUACAAUCAGCCAACCACACCUACAACCAAGCAGGCUCUACUAUUUAUUUAAUUUGGUUAGAAAGAUUGGUGGCAUAAAUAGUGUUACUUCCAAGAAACCAUGGUUGAGGCACGGAAACAUGGAUGGAAUUUCAACAAAUUCAGCAGCUCUUACAAGUGUUCACAAAUGUUCAAAGGGAGCAAGAAAAGGGCUGAGGCAACUACAAAGCUCCCCUCAUAGUUCACCUCAUCCCAUCUUGUUAAAAAAGAAAUCCUAGCUCUGACCUUAAUCCAUCCUGCAUCAUCCCAGGGUUAGGACCUUUUUCUCAAUGUUAGUGUGUUCCUGCUGUUCAGCCACAAGCCUUCUGCUACUGUAGCCCAACACAGAUUAUCGGACUGAAAAUGUGCCCACAAAUAUUUGAUUGAUGUAUUUAAAUAUAGCUUUAUGUUUUUAUCUAUGCAGAAAUAGCACAUUUCAGCAUGAAAGGAAAGCUAACUUUUAUAUGGGGGCAUUUAUAGAUUUUUGUUUUUUAAUGAUACGAUUACAGAGUUCCCACUAACGCUAGUGUUUGAUUACAUGCCUAGAAUCAGAAGCUAAAUGUUGUAAUGGUAAGUCAAGCCAACAUUACCACAAGCAAAUGUUUUGACUUGUACUUAAAACAGAUGAAAAAGAUCGCUGAUGGGAAGAGUGCAAGGAGGAGGGAUGUAGGGUGGGAGGAAAAAUAUCAAAGUUAAUAGCCAAAGGAUGAAAUAAAGCAUGAAUAGAAUUUGAGGGAUGGAGUCAAAAAACAGAAAUGGGGCCGGGGGGAGGAGGAGGAGAAAAGAAAGCUCCCAGUUAAAAAAAACACAUGAUUUCUUUCAUAUCUGGAAGUUAACCAGCAGAUUAAUAGAGAAUGGCAUCAAUUCUUCCAUCCAGGAUGGCAAAUCACUCACAUUACAAAGCCUAUAUGGUCAGAUUAGGUUCUUAAAAGUGCAUGGGAGGUUAAAGGAGUUACUGUGCUCAGAACAAAACUACCGUAUGUUUCGCUCUAUAAGAUGCACCAGACAAUAAGAUGCACCUAGUUUUCGGAGGAGGAAAGCAAGAAAAAAAAUAUUAUGAAUCUCAGAAGCCAGAACAGCAAGAGAGAUCGCUGCGCAGCGAAAGCAGCAAUCCCUCUUGCUGUUCUGGCUUCUGGGAUAGCUGCGCAGCCUGCAUUCACUCCAUAAGAUGCACACACACACAUUUCCCCUUACUUUUUAGGAGGGAAAAAGUGAGUCUUAUAGAGCAAAAAAUUAUGUUACAUGCAAUGUGAGAGACAGCAACUGAAACCAAAUACAGUGAUAUCUUGGUUCUUGAACGGAGUCAGUUCCAGGAGUCCGUUCGACUUCUGAAAAGUUCAAAAACCAAGGUGCGGCUUCCAAUUGGCUGCAGGAGCAUCCUGCACUCAAGCAGAAGCCGCGUCAGAUGUUCGGCUUCUGAAAAAUGUUUGAAAACCGAAACACUUACAUCCAGGUUCUGUCUCCCCCAUUUUUGCAUUCCUAGGCAGUUAAAAAGAGGACCAGGAUAUUGUCAAGGACCUGGAAGGCCAGAAUUCAUGACUGGUGAGUUGCUUUCCACUUGGUUGGCCACAAGUGGUAAAGAGGUCUGAGUUUUCAGCCGCCCUGGUCAGCUUGCUGACUUCCUGCCACACUAGCUUUCAGUGGGUGGCUGUGCAAAUGCUGACAGCUUGACAAAGCACACAAAAUAGCAUUUACAUGGCACCAUAAUCUGUUGAAAAGCUGUUCUUCUGCUGGGAUGUCAAAAGGCACCAAGUCUGGCACAUGCCACUGGCAUUCCUACAAGCAACUGAGUGUAUAGCAACUCCAGCUGGAAGUCACUGCUGACUGACUGAAAACCGCAGCUGUCACACAUGGAACGGGUCAUGAGAAUAUGCCCUUCGGUGGGAAAAACGCCAUCUCAGUCUCUUGAGCAGGAGAAGGCCAUGCCAACAGUUUUGCUUGACUUAAAAUCACAGAAUACCUCUAAUAUUCACUUUUAUUGUCACUUCCUUAAAUAAACUUGCAUAAAGACUACUUUAGAAAUGUCUAAUGAACACUACUACUUUGAAGGAGUUAUUACAGCCACUGCAAGUCCACCAUGAAUGGAGGGACAGCCAGACAUUGUUUAUGAAGACUAAACCCCUGUGAAGCUAGCAUGAAAGCAACAGGAUUGCUCCCCCAGCUUGGAAGUGCGGAGGAACGAAGCAUUAGCUUCACAGUUAUGCUGGACCUCAGGUGUACACGUCAUGUGUAAGAGACAAGACCCUCCCAUUCCCCUUUCCAUCUUGCUUAUCAAGGUGAUCCUUCUGAGAGAGACUGGAGGUGGAGUGGUAGGCCCAUGUUCUCUUCUCUAAAGCAGGGCUGGAAAACCUUUCACCUUCCAGAUGUUGUUGGACUUCCAUUCCCAUCAGCCUGAGACAGCAUGACCAGAAAUUAGGGGUGAUGGCAGAUUUAGCAACACCUGGAGGGCCAAAGGUUCCUUAGCUCUACUCUAAAGAAACACUGGGAUUAGCUCACAUCUUCUUAUAAAGGCCCACUAAGCACAACAAAUGCUGAUCCAAACUUCUAAUAGUUGCUUAUGACAUUUCUAUCCCACCUUUCUUCCAAUGAGCUCAUGCGGUGUACGCAGAAUUAUCCAUCUUAGUAUCUCAGUAACAAUAUGGGGAUGACAUUGUGUGACUGCUCAAGGUCAUCCCAUUAGCUCCAUGCUGAGCAAACAUGUGGAUCCAGGUUUCCCCAUACAGAUAGUCUACAUACAAACCACACUGGCUUUUCUACACUACAGUGGCUCUCAAGCAUGAUGAAGUCUACUAAUUUGCAUCAUAUUUCCAGUUUUGGCUCCCCAAACACAUGGUCUACGUAGAUUGAUUUGAUAUGAUUAACCAAAUGGAGUGCAAUAGCCUGUCAGAACAAUGAAUAUAAGAACAGAAGGUUCAUUUCAAAAACAGUCAGGCCUUCUUAUUUAGGUUCAUAGGUCAAGCUAGGCAGUCUUCCCCAACCCGUUGUCCUCCAGAUGUUGUAGAACACAAUUACCAUCAGUCCUAGCCAUCACAGCCAAGGGUCAGGAAUGAGGGUAGCUGUAUUUCAAAAUCACUGGUGGACACUAUGUUGGGGGAGAGUGAGCUAGAGUGUCACCAGUGAAAAUAGCAACUUGUUUUAUUCCUUCAAAACUCAAAAUAUAUAGCAAGAAAAUCCCCAUUCUCUUUACAUGUUUUUCCUAGAGGGUCUAUACACAAAUGGGAUUCUCUGUUCAUUCCACUGAAUACAUUUUUUGCUUCUCAGAAAUGUGGUUCUUUAGGCUGUCACUCAUCAUUACCCGGAAAAGUUCCAUUGAGACAGAUAUUAAAACACGAUCUUACGGAAUUAAUGAAGAAGGUUAUCAGUCAAAUGAAAUCAAAUGAGAAGAGCUUUAACUCCCCUUCUAUUUUCACACAGAGAAGAAAAUGAACUGCAGACAAAUUUUUAAUUGUUAUGGGCUAGACGACAGACAAGGAGCACCACAGUGCAGGAAAAAAAGAAGACAGAGCCAAGGUUAA